AAGCUUCAAAGAGGUAAUCUCUGUGAGUUUUGCACCAUCUCAAGCCAUGGGCUUUUGGGAAAUACUUUGUUUCAUAAUUUUCCUGGAGAAAAGCUGGGGACAGGAACAAAGAUAUAGCAUUUCAGUACCAGAAGUCUUCCGUGUUGAAGCAUCUGAAAAUAUUACAAUUCAAGCUCAUGGAUACACAGAAGCAUUUGAUGUAACAGUCUCUAUUAAAAGCUAUCCUGAUAAAAAAUCAAAUUAUUCCUUAGGAUCUGUUAAUUUAUCACCAGAAAACAAAUUCCAAAACUCUGUAAACUUAACAAUACAACCCAAACAAUUGUCUGAAGGAGAAAACACAACUUCAUAUGUGUACUUGGAAAUUGUGUCAAAGUAUUUUUCAAAAUUGGAAACAAUAUCAGUAACUUACGACAAUGGAUCUGUCUCCAACCAUACUGACAAAAGUGUAUAUAUGUCACAGCUGUCAGAUGAAGGUUACAAAAAAACUGUCAGUUCAAGACUAUAUGAGACCACGAGACUACAACACGAAAUAGAAAAAAUAGUUGCUAAAUACAGACAUCCAGUGGUGAAGAAAUGUUGUUAUGAUGGAGCCCGUCGUAAUGAUGAUGAAACCUGUGAGGAGAGGGUUGCCCGGGUUACCAUAGGCCCACACUGUGCCAGAGCUUUCAGUGAAUGCUGUGUGAUAGCAAAUCAGCUCCGAUUUUAUAAACGUAAAACCCUCCAACUGGAGUCCUAACACUAACAUGCUGUGACCCGAAGUGAGAGAGCUGACUUUGAAUCACAUGUGCCACGUGUCCUAUACAUCUUCCCCUGUGCUUCGCCAGCCUCCUGGGUGUCCUGUUGACCUGAAGACCUGGCAGGAUGGGUAGCUGGACACACCUUUUUCCAGAAAAAAAGGUGAAUUGUUCACAAUCUUAAAAUAAAAUUGCAAAUAAAAGAGCAGAAUGAAUCCUUUUUAAAAAUUCCAAUUGUUUUUUAGGAACUCUGUAUUGGAAACAUCUGUGGAUACUGUGGUGUUUGAAUGAGAAAUUCCCCCAUUGGCUUAAAUAUCUGUGUGCUUUUUCCAUAGUUGGUGGCACUGUUUGGGGGUAUUUUAGGAAUUACAGCCUUGUUGGGGGAAAUGUGUCACUGGGGGUAGGUUUUGAUAGUUUAUAGCUUUGCCCCUCUUCCUGUUUACUCUCUCUGCUUCCUGUUUGCCAUUGGAGAUGUGAAUACUCAGCUAUCUGCUUCAGGCACCUCCUACCCUCAUGCUUACCCCAGUAUUAUGGGGUCUUCCUCUGAAACCAUAAGCUCAAAUAAAUUCCUCCUUUUAUAAA